AUUUCUGUUUUCUCCCCACCCACCCUUUCCUCCAGGCCCUGUCUAUGAGCGAGGUAAACGGGCCCGGCCCCCAGGUGGCAGAACCACAGAUUGCGAUGUUCUGCGGCCGUCAGCUGCUUCACAUGAACCCGCAGACGGGCCAGUGGGAGCCAGACCCUCAGGGCCGCAAGGACUGCUUCAAAGAUCCCAAUGAAAUGCUCUCCUACUGUCAGGAGAUGUACCCAGCGCUUUCCAUCUCCCACGUAGAGGAGGCAAAAAGUCCUGUGAACAUCCCUUACUGGUGUAAGAAAGGCUGGAGCCACUGCCAGGCACGCCGCUUCAUAGUGGUGCCCUAUCGCUGCCUAGAAGGUGAGUAUGUGAGCGAGGCCCUGCUGGUUCCAGACCGAUGCCGUUUCCUUCACCAGGAGAAGAUGGAUGCCUGCGAGAGUUACGUGUACUGGCACAACAUUGCAAAGGAGGCGUGCACUGUAGACAAUCUGGAGCUUCACAGCUAUGGGAUGCUUUUGCCAUGUGGAGAAAAUUUCCGCGGGGUGGAAUAUGUAUGCUGCCCAGGUCGAAGCAGCACCAGCAGUAAGCCAGAAAUUGAAGAAAGGGAACUCCUCACUGGCCACCAGACCACACUGAAUCGGGGAAUACUCAAUUCUGCCAGCAAAGUGAUCGAACCCACCCCGAGCCCCUCCCCCGACCCCGACAUUUACGAGACGGAUAUGGAGGACGACGAUGACGAGAUGGUGGAGGACGAUGAGGAUGAGGAAGAGGAAGAAGAGGAUGAGGUGGAUGAGGAUCCGGUGGAAGAGGAGGACGAAGAGGAGCCCAUUGCAGUGAGAAACCCAGAGAAGUACGAAUACCCCAUCGACUCGGGUCCCUACCAGACAGCUGACUAUCUGGACUCAUCCUACUAUGACAAAAGCUACAAAGCCACGACCUCACCACCUCUGAUGAAAGGAGAAAGCGUGACAACCACUCGACCCACAGAUGGCGUGGAUGUUUAUUUCGAGAAGCCAGUGGACGACACUGAGCAUGCCAACUUUCUGCGUGCCAAAACAGACCUGGAGGAACGACGAAUGAAGAGCAUCAAUGAGAUCAUGAAGGAGUGGGCUGAGGCAGACAACAAGUCAAAGAAUCUGCCAAAGUCAGAGCAGCAAGCCCUAAAUGAGCACUUCCAGUCCGUGCUGCAGACGCUGGAGGAACAAGUGGCGGGCGAGAGGCAGAGGCUGGUAGAGACUCAUCUGGCCAGAGUGGAGUCCAUCCUCAACAACAACCGCCGGCUGGCCCUGGAGAACUACCUGACUGCGGUGCAGUCUGACGAGCCACAGCCGGAGCACGUGCUGCAGGCUCUGAAACGAUACAUGGCAGCCGAGCAGAAGGACCGCAGACACACACUCAGGCACUACCAGCAUAUUGUGGCUGUCGACCCGCAGAAGGCUGAGCAGAUGAAAUUCCAGGUGUACACACAUCUGCAUGUGAUCGAGGAGAGGAUGAACCAGAGUCUGGCACUGCUCUACAAGGACCCAAUCUUGGCCGAGGAGCUCCAUGAUGAUAUCCAAGACCUGGUGCGGGCAGAGCGGGGCGACAUCAGCGAGCUCAUGACCACGUCCUUCUCUGAGACGCACACCACCGAGGAGCUUCUGCCAGCUCAGAGUGAGGAAGAGAAGGAUGACGAGGAAGAAGAGGAGAGAGAAUUCCAGAACAGGCCUUAUCCUCCUCGCGUUGACUUGCAAUCGAAUAAGAAAGGAGAUGAAUAUGACUAUGCCACAUCUGAGAGGGCUCCUACUUACGAAUAUGAGGAAAAGAUCAACACCUCCGUGGAGCUCAAGCAGGUCGUCUACAAGCCUGAUGAGAUCGAGAGAGAUGAACUGCAACCUGACGCCUUGGAGACAUUUAACCGUGGAGCAAUGGUGGGCUUGCUGGUGGUGGCUGUGGCCAUCGCCAUGGUGAUGGUUAUCAGUCUGUUGCUGGUGCGCAGGAAGCCCUACGGCACCAUCAGCCACGGCAUCGUGGAGGUGGACCCCAUGCUGACCCCAGAAGAGCGACAGCUCACCAAAAUGCAAAACCACGGCUACGAAAACCCCACUUACAAAUUCUUUGAGCAGAUGAACUGAGUUCGUAACAAAGACGACCGCUGGUUUCGUCCCGUCGUCACGGCGGUGCACCGACCACGCCACCUGUAAUGAAUUGAAAACAUUGAGAUUUCAUUAAUUAACUACAUAAGCUCAGUCUUUAGUUUGUAUCCAUUGUAAAUGACCAACGACGUCAAUCAAUCAUUACCGAAAUGUGAAUAGUGAAUAUUAUACUUCACCUGCUGUAAUCUCCAUUGGAUUAGAUCCUGCUGCAAACUGUCGAAAACAUCCCAUUGAAACAGUCAUCACAGUGGCAUGACGUGACCUACUGACAUACCAGAAACGGAAUGGUGCAUAAUGCUUUAGAAUAUUUAUUUUUCCAAAGUCGACUUCAUAUUGUCUCACAUAGAUAUAGUACUGUAUCAAUGUAGAUGAGUGUGAUAGGCAGCCCGUUCGUCCUCAUUUACAACCACAAAUGACCAAUUAAAUGAAAUGUACCUCCAUCAACUCCAACAUUUCCAAUGAGAUCAGAUAGAUAUUUUUUCAAAGUAUAUAUCUUAUUUACUUCCAACUAUCAGCCCUCCACACUUGUUUUACAUAAAUUGGUAAAUACACAGCAAAAUAUUGAGCCGAAUUAAGUUUAUUUAUCCUGCAAAUCUGUGUGGUUCCCUUCUAAAAAGUUGCCGCUCCAAACGGACACUGUAAAUAACAACCGACGUACAGUUAGCCCCCUCCAAAUGAUUCACGCCCCGUUCGGAUUAUCAGUUAUUUGUCAAAUGGGUAUCUUCUGCCUGGAAAUGAUACGAUACAGCAGAAAUUGACUUAAAGUGUCUUUGUUAGCGAUAUUAAUAUUUAAAAUAUUGGAUUUUAUUCUUUGUCCAUGUCAUUUCCAUUUGGACAACACCUUCUUUUGCAUCAUUCUCAAGGAUUCUGAUGACUUGGAGCGCGAUCGACAUCAUUUUAAUCAAUUUGAACAUUACUGUACCGCGGCUUAACUCUCACAUUACAAAAACACGCUUAUGUUACUUUAACUGAAGAUUGUAAAUUGUCCAGCUGUGAAUGUAAGUGUGAAUUGUCAAAAGGCAGCUGGGUCAGCUCCCGCUUACCUACGACCUGAAUGAAAACAAUCGCGACAGAACGGAUUGACGAACAUUACAAAUGCCUGUACUGAGGAUGAGUCGGAAUACUUCUUCCAAAUGAAUAUCUUUUGACACAACGUCAUUCAGUCUUCAGACACUUUUCUUGUGUCAAUCCAGCCCGAAGAUACAGUAACCCCUUUUGCUUUGUCGAGCGUAUGAUUAAUUCCGGAGUCAAGUGUAUCCUAUCCUCCUCGUAGUAGACGUCCUGGUUAGACGUUCCUUUAAAUCGUUGGUGUAAUGGAGUAAUACUAAUCAACUAGUGCAUUGUGCUGUAAACGAGAAGGAGAAGCAUUUUCCUUACAUGGCUGAUUGAAAACGGACUGUUGUAAAAAAAAAAAAACCAGCACAAGAUGACACAGUAACUUCUUUCUGAAUGUAUUUAAGGUAGAUGUUGAGAUUCCAUUCCCUUAGUUAGUGACUUUAUUUUCCCCGUCGUUAAUCCCGGAGUCGUGACGUUAGGGCACGCGACAUGCAUUGACGUUCUCGUCAGUACUUGGUAGCAGCCUGCUCAUAAUUUGUCAAGUGACUGUCAAGGCAGAGGAAUUAAAAAGCCGAAGUUGUAAAAUACAGAGUGCAGUAUAUUGUGUCAGUAUGUGUAUUCAAUCCUAAAAAAAAAAAAAAAAAAGAAACAAAAAAAAAAACAGCACACGUAGUUAUAAGUAGUGAUCGUAUGUCAUUAAGCUACUCGUCUUGACAUCUUAACACGAAAUAUUAGCACUCUGUACAUGCGUUCUUUUUCCUCUUAGCUCUGUGUGUCAUUUUACGAAGCCACUUAGGAGGGUCAUGUUGCAGGAUGUGCUGAUAAUCCCGUUUUGGAGAUGAUGCAAAAAAACACACACACACACGCACACACACGGUGGAGUUGUGACAGUGUGUUUCAUAAGGCGGGUUGUGUUAUGAUGGGUCACAGCCUUUGUAUAAUUUGUACAGCUACGUUAGUGAAUGUCCACAGUUUAACGAUACUACUGAAACCAUAGAUGAGAAUACGCUUGCCUGUUUUUAUUUGGAUCGCAAAAACCACCACUGAGGGUUCCCUACCAGCAUUUAGCAGAUGUAGUAAGGUAUGUAAUACCGUAGUUACGCCCAAUGCCAUUUCUACCCGUGUCCUCUAUUCAAUUCUCUCCUUGUGAAAUACUAAAAAAUGUCAUUGAGAUUUUAAUUGCUGCGUUAUUGCCUUUUACAAUGCUGUGUUUUUUGGAUGUAAUUAUAUUGUAUUUUUUAUUUAUAUUGGACGUAAUUAUCAGUUGGUUCGAGGGUCAUGGUUUUCACGUGUCAUUUUAGAAGCUCGUAUUGUAAAACAAUGACAUGUUUAAGAUAAAUGUGAAUUGUAGUCAGGUGUAUGCAGCCUAAUCGACAGCGACAGUGUGGCACUAAGCACAAUCCAACCAAAUUGCUCUGUAAGUGCUGGGCAUGGCUAUUUGACCACAUUUCCUUGAGCAAUUAAUGAAUUCUUUAUUUUUUAUGAUUUUUGUUUAUUUGUUGUUUUUUUUUUUUUCAAUGUUCUGAACGCACACUUUCAGGGCAGAAUAAUGCUGCCCGCGGAGUUGCGUCAUAGCUGACACCUUCUUGGAUAUAGCUGAACUUCCUAUUUCUGUUGCUGGACUUCUUUAGUCAACAAACUCUUUGAGAUUGGUUGAAAAAGGCCUCUGCUGGUGGCAGCUAAGUAGCGCACGCUCCAUUUUGCCUCACUUGCUCCAAGUUGCGAAAAGUCGUCAAUCAAUUUCAGACAAAGGCUCCAUUAUCAUGCCCAUCCGUGGCUUGUGCACACAAAUAUACGACACUAGUUCACUAUUGCCCCCCCCCCGCCCCUAUACGAUCCGUAAACCGAAGCCAUGCACCAAGAAGAAGCAGCUACACUAAUUUGACAAAAAGUGUUCUCUGUUGUGUAAAUGUACUUGCAAGCAAUCGGAGGCUGUAAAAAAA